CCGCAUGAAGUUUGUGUUGUCUUAGAUACUAUCCAAAAACUCUCCGGUCCCCCUUCGCGCCUUUCUGUCGUAUGCAAAACAAAUAACAAAUAUGCCUCGCUAAUCAGCCAGCCAGGCAGUCAGUCGAUAGAGUGGUUGAAGUCCUUGAGUAUGAGAAUGGUCUUGUCAAGGUGCAGCAGGUGGCACUCGAGCUGGUCCUCGGCCAGCUGACGGGCUGACAGGCUCUCCUGCUCCUCGUCCGUCAUGCUGCGGUCGCUCCUGCAGGCAGGCAGGCAGGCAGUCGCACAGAUAUCGAUCGACACGACAGAUACAAAGGCCAAUUGUGUGUGUAUCAUGCGUCAUUCACGCAUGCCACGCACGCACCUGAGGAACGCAGUCAGAAGCUGUUUGCUCUCCUUGUCCAGCCGCGCUCGCAUGUUGGCUGCAGUCUUGAGGACGUCGCGCAGCACCAACUCGCGCACCUCGCUCUCUCUGACGGUGAAGAUGUUGAAGGACUUGGUGGUGUAGCCCUUGUUUGCGGCCGCAUCGCCGCCGGCCCUCUGUGUCCCCCCACCACCACCGGAGGUGCCAGCACUGCCAGAGCCAGGAGGCCGGCCGACGUCCUGAAUGGCCGCCCACCCGUUGACCAGCAGCGCAUUGAGGGCCUCCCGACAUGUCUUGGGCGGCAACAGGCACAGCUCACCGAUCUAUAUGACAUUGUGCACAGAGAGAAAUACAAAAUGCCCCGGACUCUCUGUUUGUCACCGCUGGCUGUAAGUGACCUUCUUGUCGUCGUGUUUGGCCCCCUGCGCUAACAGAGUGUACACUCGCGCACCCGCCAGACCAACACGAGCCUUGACCGCACUGAGAAGUAGUGAGUCACAACGUGACAAAUGGGCCUGAAUGAAUGGGCGUGGCUGGCGUGAUAUGCAUGUCUGUCUUGUCUUUGCUGACUUGAAGACGACGCGCGACUGAACGGCUCUGUGGGCGUUGUCCCACAUGAGCUGAUAGGUGGUCACGGGAUCGUCGCCGUGGACUGACAAGAAAGACAUACACAUACAAGACAUGAUCUCCACCCUCUCUCCUUGAAUCAAUUGUGCAGGUGCAGACGCCUACGUGUGUCCCUCUUGACCACGAUCUGGUCGGGGUGCUUGACGAGCCUCUCGAGGGCCUGCAGCAUCUGGGUGCGGUGCUGCAUGGCCUUGCUGGGGGUCUUGGUCGUUUGCUGCAUUGCGGAGCCUCCGCGCAAGUACGACUCGCACCGCUGCUCCAACUGCUCGAACGUCAGGGCAGCUGAAAGCCACACCAACGCACAGCAAAAGGGAUGGAUGUCUCUGACAUACGGACGAUGCCCUGAUUUUUACAUGUUUCGACGUGUUUCUGGCCGAUCAUCCUCACGGUGGUCAGGAGGGCCUUGACAAUGAUGGAGGCCAAACGAGUGGUGCGCACGAGGGCGAACCGCUGAACCAUCUGAAUCGACGAAGACGCAUCGAGUGCUCUUUGGGCGAAUGCGCUAUUUCUAUUAAUGCUCACAUCUUUGGCCAAUUCCAGCGUCAGGAAUCGCGAGUUGACGCGAUAGACCCAGCCCUUGUCCUCUAUAGCCUGCAGCUGUGCCGCCACGCCCCUCUUGUCGCCCUUUCGUCUCCGACCACCCUUACCCUCCACAGCUGCAUCGCCAUACUGGUCCUCUGGCCACUCCGCCCCCAUCGGGUGGUCCUCUGCGUCCUCCUCGUGACGUAGGCUCCUCACGGCGUCGCCCUUCUUGCCCUUGCGUCUCUUGCUGCUGGUGGCUGUGGCUUUGCCCUUGUCCUUCUUCUGUGCCGCCCUCUUCCUGCCCCCGCCCCUCUUGGCUGGCGAUGUCGGCUCGUCAGGCUGCUCGUCCUCUGCCCUCCUUGUCUGCCGCUCCUUUGGCCGAGCCGGGUCGGCCCUGCAGAGCAUCGUGUGGCUGACCAGCCACAGGAACUCCUCCUCGAAGCGUUUGACACGAAUCAGCUGACUGUCCUGGGCAGCUGAAGGCCCAUGCAGAUCCAUCUCGUCUUCGUUGUCGUCUUCUUGACCAGCCAACUCGGGUAGCACCUCUGCAAGCACGCAUAUACAUACACAAGCGCAUGUCAGCGGCCGCCAUAUGCGCGUAUGGCCGCCCCGCCCGUAUGUAUGGUGUGUCCGCACCUGAUGUCUUGAGUGCGGCGUCGAUGGAGCGUCUCAUUUUCAUUCUGCCAUGUUUCAUGACCUCUUCCAGCACCAGUCUGGCCAUGGCGCCCCUGCCCUGCUCCUGCUCGUCGCGCAUCUCCUCCACAUAGAGUAGGAACCGCGCGAACCGCUGGCGCACAAGGAUCUCGUCCAGGUCAGCGGCGUAGACGAUUGGCGGGGCCACAGCGUCGGCGGAGGCAGCGGCCGUCCCGCUGUCGUCGAUGAACUGACUGUCGUCCUGUAGAGGUUGAUGGAUGCACAACAGAGGAGAGAGGACAAACGAACAGAGGGAUGGAUUCAUCAAACACUCUGACGAAUGAUUUGUAGGCCUGUGUGCAUCUAUCUGUAUGUGACCUGUAUGCGCACACAGUUGUGUUGGAUGAGGACCAGGAUGGCGUUGCGGCACUGUGUCCACGGCAGCCGGGUGAAGACCAGCAGGUCCGACAGCGGCGAGGGGCCCCGAGUGAGCAGACACUCAGCCACGCACUUGACCAGUGGGCCAAAGUGCUCCUCCAGGAGAGCCAAAGCCAACGACAGCUCCUCAGCCAACAUCCUGUUCC